UAGAUAUAAGACCUUGUUAUACGUUACCUCACUAGGUCGCUUGCGCCUUUGGUUUUCACUCUCUAUUCUGGGAAUUCACAGCAUGAAAUAACCACACCACCUCCAUUGAUCAAAGCCCAUGGCCUCGCAUGUUCUCCCCGGCGUCCUCCAACCCAUCCCUCUAAACCGAGUUCCUCACGCCCACCAUCAGCACAAUGAAAGCAUCAGUGCCCUUCCCCCGCUCAAGAAACGCAAAACAAGCCUCGACCCCAGCACUACUCUUUCUCUCGCUACCUCUAAGCAAAAUGACUGGCUCUCGCAACCGAUUACCAUCCGUGCCCCAAGCCCAUCCCUCACCCACGACGAACCCUUCAUCCUCACGCCCCUCGCCUUGAUCCCGCGCUCCCGCCUUCCGUUCGCUUGGUUGGAGCCUAUGACUGUCUUUCCAACUUCUUCAACGAUACCCUCUCCGCAGAUUCAGUCGGGCUGUUUCUUCGUCGCGCAUAUUCCGGUCCUGGAACAUUGUGCUGCGGUAGCUGGGAAUGGAGCCCGGCUGGGAAGAGAGCGUGAGGGUAUGGUCCUCGCGGCGAGGAUAAGUUCUUCCUCGGGGGAAUUGGUCGUUGUUGAGAGGGUUAAGAGGGGGGUUUUUGCUUUAUUAAGGGUUGGUGCGGGGGUUGGGGAGGGGGAGUUGGUUGUUGCUUCGGUUUCUGGUAAACAGGGGGUCUUUGAUGAGGGGGUUGUUGGGCGUCGGGAUGAGGGUGGUGAAUGGGAGGGAAAGGGCGUGGUUUCACUAGGAGGAAGGGGAGGAGGAGAGGGUGAGUGGUGGGAGGCAGCUAGGAUUGAGGAGCCGGGUCUUGAGCAUGGGGUACCACGCCUCGGGAAGAGGGCGCGGGUCGAGGUUGCUGUUGUUUUUGCGGGGGUGGAGGGUCAGGUGCGGCCGCAGGUGGAGAUUCAGAAUGCGGAUGCGGUUGGGUUGGAGGGGAGCGCGAGUGCUGGGGUCGAGCCGGGGCAGGGUGCUGCUGGUGAGGGCGCGGUGGUUGGGCUGGAUGCCCCCGCUGAUACUGCUGGUGCUGGUGCUGGUACAGAAAAUGUGGAUGCGCUGCGGUCGCCGCAGGAGUUGUUAGAUAACCUGCGCGAGCAAUACCUCCAGGCGCUCUAUAUCUCGAAGACGUCGGUGGCGUACUUCGCCAAAGGUCCGCUGGCGCGUUGCCGGUCUGCGUUUCAGUCUUCGGAGUCGGAGGGCAGCAAGCCUGCGGAUUUGAUUGCGUUCUACCGGGAAGCUAUUCUCGUGGCAAAGAAGAUGGAUCUCAAGUACCGCGAGACGCUGCCUGCGAUGCUGAAUGAUGUUUUGCUCACCCUGUCGGACGAUGAGGCAGCGACCAAGAAGAAGAAGCGCAAGAACGCAAAGAAGACACUUGGCAAGAAUGGGCUCUACCCAGAAGAGCCUGACCUGGUCCGCAAGUGGUGGAAGAACCGAACGCUCAACGAUCAGGGAAUGCCCAUGGAAGGUUCCGUAUCGAGGGAGACCGAGUCCAAAAAGAUGAUUGCGGAUUUGCGCUUGCGCGAAACGCAGCUCCAGAUCCUCCUCAUUCUGGAGACCAUGUCUCUCGAGGCGGCUGCUGCGGAGGGUGAUCAGAACAAGCCAACAGGCAGUGCCGAGGAUGCGCCAGAGGCACCCACUAAGAAGGAGCCGAAGUUCAAGAAGAAGCAGGAUUUGAACACCAUGUUGGAACUUCACCUCGAUCGGCUUUGCAUCUGGUAUGCUGUCAGCUUCGAGGAGACUGUCGUCCCGGAUACGUCUGCAACAUACGGUAACAACCAUCUCUCGGGCAAGAAGGUCGAGAGUGACGCUGUUCGCGACUUCUGCACUGAAGUGAUCAUCCCCUUCUACGCGUCGCGUCUGCCGGACAAGUGCAAAUCGAUCACUCGGAAGCUGGGCGUGUCGAGCGCUAUCUCGCCCUUCCCGAAGCAGCCUCAGGCGAAGAAGGCCCCUCGCGGAGAGCCUGGCACUCCUGUUGAACGGCAACAGGCGCAGAAGCAGUCUCGUCGUCGCACCUUCCAGCGUGUGCUGACAGACCAGGCGACGUCCCAGACUCGCCAUACGCCAUCUCUCAGUCGAUCGAACACCACGCCGGCCCAGGCUGAGGCCAGGCGCAACUCCCUGGAUCCUUUGCUACCGGUCGUCGGAGCAAGCGUGCGCGGGGGAAUCCAGAAGGCUAAACGCGCCGAGAACCGCGAAGUAGAUUUGAACGCUGUGGCACGUCAGCACGAGACGAAACUCAAGAAGAUGCAGAUGCUGGUGGAGCAGAAGAAGGAACUUGAUGCAGCGAUCAAUGCUCUGCGCAAACCCAACCGUGAGCUUGUAGCCAAGGACAUUGCCGACGAUGCCGUCAAACGGCAUUCCACCGGCACCGUCAUCAGCACCAGCUCCCGGAAGCCGAAGAAUCCCGUGCGCAACCCUAUGGGACAAGGAGUGCAGGUUGCGGCGACGCCUAAGAAGGGCAGUCGCAAGAAGGAUGCUAUCGUGGGGAUGCCUCCCCUCCCCCCGACAUUUGUACAGUCAUCUUUCAUUUCCAAGCCAACAUUGUCGAUGUCAUCGCCCUUCAACAGCGAACCUCAGAUGGUUCCUGGCUCGACUAUUCGGUCUGGGUCCUUGUUCUUUGGAUCAUCUAGUCAUGGCCAAAGCGGCGCAAUUCAGGAAACACCAAUUCGCCGGCCACCGCAGCCACUCUUGGCUGAUCCCACGGCGUCGCCUUUGUCGAAUGGCCCCAGCGCCCUCUUUCGCGUUCCGCCCCGUCAGCCAGUGCCAGCAGCACCGCGCUCGAUGGAAAUGGCGCCCUCAACUCCGGUCCAGUCCCGUCGACACGUGGACACCUUCCUUCCGCGAGUCAAACCAUCCAUGGUGAUGGAGACACCCCCCAAACCAGCCCCUAUCCCUGUCGCUCUCCCCGCUGGGAUCCCUAUUCCCGAGGACAAUCCCGUCCCUGGCCAUGUCCUAUCGGUCGAGACCCCUGCCAAGGCGCCGGCAACCGUGUUGAGCACACCGGUGCGGAAGCCCAGCGCUGCCAAGCUGAUGGUGCCGGCCACGUCAGCUGCAGUGCCGGUGACGCCAGAGAAGUCGAUUUACUCGGCAUUAGGGUGGGAUGAUGAUGACGAUCUUGCAAUGUAGGCGUUCGAGCUUUUUGUUUCAUGUUGAUCACCCCGUCUGUCAGCGGCGCUUUCUUUCUAUAUUUUUAGCGGGCGUCUUGUGAGGAG